GUCCGAAGUCAACCUAUGAACAUUUUAUCAAGCAGUGGCACUUAGUCUGAUACAGCCUUCUCUCUAGAAUUCCCCCACACCAACUACAGCUUAAAAUAUUGCAUGGGGAUUUCCCUACCUCUAGUUCAUAAAGUCCAGCAAAAACGGAGACGAUAAAGUAAUGCAAGAUUUUACGUCCAUGGAUCCUGAUGGGCCCGCAAUGGCGCCUCCUGAUGGGCAAGCAACCGAUUUUGACAAAGGAGGCUCUCACGCGAUGGGUGAGGCAGCACUUAUCAUCUGCUCCACCUUGGCAACGCUCUCAGUAAUUUUCCGGGUAUGGUCACGACUCAUCAUGAAGCCGCGAUUGUUCGGUAUUGAAGAGGGGUUGCUGGUUUGUGCACUAGUAAGCAAGAACUUUGCUUUCCCCUACGGGACGGAAAUCCAGGGUGAUCCAGCUGACAUGCCAUCGUACAUGGCGUAUUUUCCGGUUUUGUUUACAACUGCUACGAGCUUACCAUAUUCCCUGGCUUCUUCGUCCAUCAAUGGAAUAUGAGGCUAAGAGACAUGAACGAUUUCACACGGCGAGUUCACAUCAACAUGAUUUUAUACAGCGUUACGAUUAUGCUUCUCAAAGUAGCCAUCCUGGUCGACUGGGAUCACCUCUUUAAUCCUCUGAAGAAACGCAACAUUAUGUUCUGGGCCAUCCCCAUACUGCUGGCCGCGAAUGUGAUCUGCUAUAUGAUUGCAAUAUUCUUCCAGGCGUUCCGCUGUACGCCAGAGCGAAAGAUCUGGGAUGUCUUUUACCGAGGCGGCCACUGUUUCAUUAAUAGUAUAAAUUCGAUGAACAUUGUCACAUCGGUAGUCAAUGUCGUCUCGGAUUUUGCUAUUCUAUGUCUUCCCCAAUGGGUCAUCUGGAGACUGAAAAUGACUAGGGCAGCCAAGGCUGGGGUCUCCGUGCUAUUUUUAAUAGGAAUCCUGGCCGUCGUCUGUGCAUUUUGCCGCAUGGCUUGGCUCACAAAGUUUAUGGCGGACACAAGAGAGGUGACAUACCUUGCCCCUAUCGCCGGCGCCUUUAGCCUUGGUGAGACCACUGCCGCAUUCCUGAUCAUUGGCGUGCCCUCCGUUCCUAAGGUAUUCAACAAACUAUCCUCCCAGUGCUUGUCCAUACGGUCCAUGUGGGCCAAAAUCGGGCUCUCGAGCUGGUCCGGGAGGAGGCAGACUCGUGGGCGCGUGGACGACGCCAGCAGAAGCGGUGGAAGGACACCGAACCAGCCCAUCUGGCGUAGCCCGGUACAUCACCAGGCUCUUGGCGCAUGGGAAGUUGGCGACAGCGACACGUUUGACCUGUUGUACGCGUCGGCCGCACGCCUUGAGGCGGAUCGGUAUCCGGCUCAUGCUGUGGACGUCCCACAAAGUUCUAUCAAAAGGCAGAUGAGCAUAGAUGUUGUUAACGAACGGAUCGGGUAGCUGAUGGUGGUCUUCGGGUACAUUGGAUUUGUUCACGAGGGUCGUCCGAAGGUCUGACGGAUUCUGACAUAGUUUAGGUUUGUAGUACCUAAGUAGCCAAGAAGCCGAUGUCCGAGAGAGUUCGUGCACCAAAAACUAAGCAAAC